UACCUUCACAUACAUAAAGAUGUUAUCUUCACUAUCACUUACUAUCAUUUUCGUGUUCUUUUACUUAAAUCUUGUGUGGCAGGCUGGAACAAGCCCCAUCGAUGGUUCAAAAACUAAAAAUAGUCCCCCUGCGUUCUUUGUAUUUGGCGACUCGUUGGUCGACAAUGGAAACAAUAAUUUCUUGAUUACAAGCGCAAGAGCCGAUUCACCUCCUUAUGGGAUCGAUUAUCUCUCUCAUCGUCCUACAGGCCGUUUCUGUAAUGGUAGAACCAUGCCAGAUCUUAUAGGCGAACAACUCGGGAUGGAUCCGUUAUUACCAUACUUAGAUCCGGAAAUGUACGGUAAAAAUCUCCUUAAAGGUGCCAACUUUGCUUCUGCAGGGAUUGGAAUUCUUAAUGACACUGGAAUCCAAUUCGUGAACAUAAUUCGAAUGCCACACCAACUAAUGUUCUUUGAAGAAUACCAAAAACGUGUUGCUGCUAUCGUCGGUAGCCAGAAAACCAAAAAGCUCGUUAACGAGGCACUCGUUAUGGUAACUUGUGGAGGCAACGAUUUUGUGAACAAUUAUUACUUGGUGCGACACUCCUUACGAUCUGUGCAAUAUAAACUCCCCGCCUUUGUCAGGUUACUCACCAACGAGUACCAAAACAUUUUAAUGAGGCUUUAUACAUUGGGAGCUCGAAAAGUACUCGUGACUGCCACCGGACCAUUGGGUUGUGCACCAUCGGUAAUCGCGUUGCAUAGCCGGAAAGGAGAAUGUGUGACCGAGCUGCAACGAGCUGCGCGCCUGUUUAAUCCACAAGUGACAGCAAUGAUCGGUUCGUUGAAUAAGAGAUUGGGUAGUAAUGUUUUUAUUUCCGCCCAAGCGCAUCAUAUAUUUUAUGAUUUCAUCACCAAACCUAAAGCUUUCGGAUUUGAGGUGACUAACAAAGCAUGUUGUGGGCAAGGACCAUAUAACGGGAUGGGACUUUGCAAUGCAUUGUCACACUUGUGCCCCGAUAGGGCCAAGUAUGUGUAUUGGGAUGGCUACCACCCGACUGAGAGGGCGAAUCGGCUGAUCGUGAAGGAGUUAUUCAACGGCACCAAGUACAUGAAACCCAUGAAUCUAAGCACCCUUAUGUCUGUCGAUUCUAACAAAGGAUAAGUUGUUACAUUUCACAAGGACCGGUUAUAUGUGAUGUUUGACAAAGCUUAUAAAUAUGCAUUACUAAAAUUGCAAGUCCGUGAACA